AUGCACGAGCUCGAGUCUGAGAUGCAGUUCCAACGUUCAUUCGAAAGCUACGUCGCAAAAUUGGGCGACGGCGCGCACCUCGAUGACAACCUCUCUUCGUCCAAUGGCAACGGCAUCAGCGUACGAUGCCCAUCUACCUCAGUGAACUCCGAAGAAGCCCCCGCCGAAGGUCUUCGCAUUGCCUUGCAGCAUUUCAGCCAAAGCUUCAAUCUGUGCGAUGCGUUGUGGUUGGCUGCCGAGGUAUUCGGCAAGUACGCUUUGCCGCAUGUACUUUUGUGGUACGGUUCCGACGAAGAAAGGACGAAAGGCGACGAUAAAAUGUUGCCGCAAACGACCUUUUAUCCUUCUGUAACGAAGAACCAUUCGAUCCAUGAAAUAGACUCUAUGGUUUUUCACAAACGAGUAAUCGCAGAGCUGCGGAACGUGCUGCUCGAAGUGAAAGAUGCCAUCGUGUCGCAUUACUCUGUAAGUCCUCCUACCUGUAGAAUGAUAUUCUCGUCGGAAUCGGCCAGAAACCGGCGUCGGAAACUAGAGGACAGAAUUACUGCCAUUCCUCGUCUCAGUGUUCUCUACCCGAACAAGAUGUGGGUUGAGGUGUUCAGCGUUUUUAAGGGUGCGGCCGUGUUCGCUUUGCUGUUAGCGUUUCGUAGGCGACUGAAUCAGCGACAUGACCAAACUUGGAUACUGUUGGAGAAGAAUUUUGGUGAUCUGUCGGUAUUCUGUAUAUUUGAUGGACAUGCUGGUUCGGAAUGUGCAGCUUACAUGUCCACUCAUUUGGUUAGCCACAUUUGUACCUCAAAAUUUUUCCCCGCUGAUCUGUGCAAAGCGAUGAACGAAGGCUUCUCCAGCGUCGACCGCACGUUUCUGGAGAAGUGUCAGCGUGAAAAUAUCAAAUCCGGUUGCACGGCGAUUUGCGCAUUGGUCACUGCGUCUAAUAUCUCUUUAGCUUGGGUGGGUGACUGCGCCGCUGUCGUCAUCGACCGAUUCCAUAACUCAUCUCUACUUACACGAGCACACAACGUCGAAAACAGCAAGGAACGCGCCAGGAUCGAGAACUCCGGCGGCUUCAUUAUUAAUGUCCAAGGCGAGUAUCGCGUCAACGGCUGGAUUAAUGUCACCCGCAGCUUUGGCGAUAUCACCAUUAAACCGCCGUUGAUUGUCGAGCCGGACACGACAACAUUCAGCAUAGGCGAUGAACAUAUGUUUCUGGUGUUAGGCAGCGACGGUUUUUGGGACGGAGUAUCCCCGACAAAGUGUGCGCAGCUCGUCUCUGAUUUCUUACUUAAUCUUUCUGACUCUUCAGGUAAGACGUACCUGAGGUGACA